CACGAGCAGCAGAGAGAAGUACGCACCAUGAACAGCGGCAGCGUAGAGUCCAAUGGAGAUCCUUCGGCCGACUUGUUCAAGGCCACAGCUGCGCUGAUCCUUUUCUCGAUAGCGUUGGUCGGAGGUCUCCUGCCUCAGCGUCUGCAAGAUGUCGGCAAGAAGGUAGUGUCGUGCCUCAACAUGGCUGCGGGCGGAGUCUUCUUAUCUACGGCGAUGGUUCACAUGUUGCCUGAGAGCAGCGAGACGCUGAACGACUCUUGGGGGGACGUGUUUCCAUGGGCAGGCUUCUUAUGCUCCUUCGGGUUCCUCUUGAUUCUAUUCAUCGACCAAGGGGUAUCGAUAUCCCACGCAAGCCGCAGGAAGGGUAGAAAGGGGGGUCACAGCCUGGUGCCCACGGAGCCACCAAGCGCGUAUGACGUAAAUAGUUUCGGCCAAGGACAAGGAAUGAACGGCGGGAGCCAUCGGAACACCGACUCAGAAGACCUAGCUGCGCUCAUGGUCGCUAUUUCACCCAAGGCUCCUCUGGGUUACUCCGCCAUGGGCGAUGCGGAAGAGGCAGUGGUGCGAGGGGGCCACGCGAAUGGCGGCCAUAGUGGUGAUGUCGGGGCAGGGGGAGCCAGCGGUAGUGACGGGGAUCACCUUGGGGGGGCGCAUGCGCACGGGCUGGGGGAGGAGGGGGACGGGGUGUGGGUGCGCCUGGCUCUCCUGUUGGCGUUGUCGGUGCACUCGGUGAUGGAAGGGCUGGGAGUUGGCGCCGAGGCCACGAAGGCUUACGAUUUGCUCUUCGCGAUCGGAGUUCACAAGGGGAUCGCCGGGUACGCGCUAGGCGCCGCCCUACUCCAGAGCGGCGUCCACGCAAAGCGGGUCACCCUGUACAUCUUCGCCUUCUCCGCCAUGACCCCCGUGGGCAUCCUCGUGGGUGACAUCGUCCAACAGGACGCCGAAAACGACUCAGGCGGUGCCGUGUGCGUAGCGCUGGCCGCGGGAACUUUCUUGUAUGUUUCCUUGAUGGAGGUUCUCCCGCCGGAGCUCGCUUCUACGGAGAACGGGUGGAGCAAGAUGGGGUCCCUGGUGCUUGGGUUCUUGGUCGCGACGGGGGUGGGGUGGCUCGUGGGAUGAUCCGGUUUGGUUUGGUCUGCGGUAUCGUAUUUUUUCGGCGUGCCUAAGGUCUGUUGGGGUACAGCGAGCGAGCUCAAAUAUAGCAUUCAAGAGAUUCUACAGAGAAGAUGAUUGGGACGCAGCUUUCUGGUUGGCCAUCUUUGAAAAAGAUUGCCCCGCGAGGUUUUCGUUUUUUUACCAAUGAGAAAACUGCGUGCCCACGGCAAGACCGCUUUUCUUCCGCAUAGCAGUGAGUGUGGUUUUUUGCCAGUGUACAUGAGUCAAGUUAAAUGCGUGGUUCGGACGGCGGGGUGGUGGUGGUUUGGAUAGGAUGGGCGUGGUUUUGGUUCAAGCGGGGGAUUGGAUGCCGUUUAGGGAACGCGGCUUGUGUAGGAGACGUCAGGACGAUAUAGUUCGCCUAGAUAAUGCUGCUGUGAGGUUCUAGACUUGGAAAGCGACGCCUGCCUUGCACUCGCUCCUUGUCCGAGAAGUUGUGAACGUCGUCUUCGAUGCAAGCGACGCCUGCCUUGUACUCGCUCCUUGUUCGAGAGGUUGUGAACGUUGUCUUCGAUGCUGCUUUGAGGUUCCGACUUGGAAAGCGCCGCCUGCCGCAGUAUUGUUGUUGUUGUCAACGUCUCAGCUGACGCUAAGGGGUGAGAAGCGCAGUCUCAAUCGUGUGCUUUAUAGAACACCUCAACUGAGACACAUCUCUGACAGCGCCUGGAGCAGAGGAUAGCAGGCGACCAACACCCAUCCUUGCCGUCAGGGAUGCGAAGUGUUAUCUUGCGACGUGUAGCUUUUUUGUGCUUGAGGGUUCGUUCAUGUAUGGUGUUCGUCCGGUGGAGAGUGCAGGCCGUAUUAUUUAGUUAGGUCGUUACGUAGUUGGCGCCAUACCCUGUUGAGUAUGGACGCUACCACCCACCCUCCAGGUUCGAGAUUUUCACGCUUUCUACUAUUAAUAGUCGCUGUUUGUCGACAUAUCUACGUAGUACAUACAUGGCAAUGGUAGUGGUAAGCGCGGAAGCCCGGGCGGGACUUCUCCUUUCGUUUUGGCGAUUUUUACUACUACUUGUAUCGCCCCCCCCCCUUGUUUAGAUUAGACUUUUGAUGGUGUAUUGGACGAUGCCCAAUCAUGCGGCGUCAUGGGGGGGAGAACAGGGUUUUUCGGUACAGAUGUCGGGAUCAGCUACAUAUAUGUAGUUCAUUCGAGUCACUUCGUAAUCUUCGUGCGUGCAACCCACCGAUCCCCGCAGACAGACGUUGUGAGGAAAGGUGAGAGGCUGGUUCCUUGAUGUGCUCUUCGUCUUCAGGGUAUUCCCCCGUUCCUUGUCGUAUCUAUCUGUGGGAGUCUGGAGUUCUGAGCCGUGUUGACGGUUGUGUGGACGGAUGUGAUUCGUGUUUUGGCAAGUUUCAAGGUUGGUCGUCGUGCACAUCUUGCCUCGUACCAACCAGUGUUCAUUAUUUACUGAGUAGAUUUUUCCUGUUGGCAACAUGUAUAGCUUGACAUCAGUCGAACCUCGCUUAAGGACACACGUGGUUUUUCUCUAAAAAAAGUGUACUUUAGCCGGGGAAGUGUCCUUCAAAUUCAGGGGACUACAACUC